UCUGAAAUAAACACUCGGGGAAAAUCACUCAGAGGAGCAAGAUGGCUGAAUCCAAUGAGUGUUUCAAUAUCGGCAGCACAGUUAGUUGCAAAACGUGCUUUAACGAGGAGCUGCAGGGAGAGGUGGUAGCCUUCGACCCGCAUGUGAAACUUCUUACUCUGAAAGCAGCAGCAAGCAGUGGACGUGCAUCUUUAUGUGACAUUCGCAUGGUGAAUCUUAGCUAUGUUUCACACGUUACAGUGUUGAGGGAAGCGGCUGGAUCCCCUUUACCCUCCCUGCCAUCUUUAAAUCUUGCUAAGCUUAAUAGUCGUGCAAAGAGAAGCAUAGAAGAAAAACAACGAUUAAUCCAGGCAAUGCAGUCUGGGGUCUCUCCUGAUGGUCAAAAGCUGUUCCUAACCAUUUGUAAAACGAUAGAAGAGGUGACGUGGGCUGGAACCAGCAUCCUGGUGAUGGGUCAGGUACUCAUCUCGCCACCAUACAUGCCAGAGAAUGUCAGAGAGCAUAAGGAAGGCAAAGAAACUAAUGCCAAGACUCUUAGUUACAUCAGGAAAAUAGUGGAUAAAUUCCAUAAGGACCAACAAACACUUUCCUUGAACAAUGGAACAAGUGCAACACCAGUAGUAGCAGAGGUCCAACCGGUUUCCCAGUGAGACACCAGUGACUAGACACCUCAGGCAUGUACAACAUCAAGUUGGGAGAUGAAGGUUCUCCCAAACGAAUGUGCUCCAUUAUUUUAGUAAUUGCCAAUAUGUAAGUGCAGGCCACUCAUCAAAGUCAUUUGUUUGUGAGUCAGCAAAUUUUUGUGUGACUGAUGAUCAUGACAGAUCAAGUAUGAAAGUUGAAAGAGUGUAGUUUAUUAUUUUUUGUACUGGGCUAUGGUUUUUCACCGACUGUCCUUGUUCUUUGUCUACGGGUGACUACAGGAUACUUUUCGGUCUUAGAAUGUCCCACAUUGUUACUCAUGUGGACUUUUAAAACUUAAGAAUAAAACACAUAAAUAAUGAUUAUGGAAUACAGUAAAUCUGAAAUUGGCACUACAGAUAACAAUAUUUAGGUUCUUAGUAAUGAAUGCUACAUGUUGUAGUAUUAUAUGACAGAGCUUAGUGAAAAUUAGUUAUGAAUAUUGUAUUUAUAGUAUGCUGAGCUCCAUAAAUUAAUGGGAGAGGAAUCUCUUAUGUGAACAUAUAAUUGGUCUUAAGUAUUGUGUGUGUGACAUGUGAACUUCUAACCAAGUGGAUGACUGGCAUAAAGCAAGUGUUGGUUUCUGGAAUUUUUUUUUUUUUUUUUGGUUCUGAAAGAAAUUAUACUUAUCUAUGUAUUGUUUAAAUAGUGAGCUAUCAUACCCAAAUGUAAAUCCACCGAUGUUGUCAGUUAUUAAGAGAAUACAAUGUUAUGAAUACUUGGUACAUUCAUAUGAUUUGGUGAAAAACAUUGUAUGAAUAUUUCCAAGCAGCUCCU